AUGCCAAGACAGAGGAAUACUACCGGAUGGUUAUACAACAAUGAAGCCGAAUCGCCCCAGCUUAGUGCGAAAGUGCCUGCCUCACGAACUGUGAUGGGCGCAGGGAAGAAGGCAACCACACAGAAGAACCAGCUCUACUCGAAGCCAAUCCCUAUCGCGCUGGACAAUUCCGAUGAUGCUGAUAACGACAAGAUUUCCUCGGAAACCACACUCUGGUCAGCGCUCUGCACGCUAUUGACACUGGGCUUCUACGCACGAACGGGCCAGUCCAGGAACACUGUUGGAAGUAGCACGAAGAGCAAGGAGAAGGUCUCUGUGCAUUACGAUAGACAGCUACAGACGAUAUGGGUGGAAGAUCUGGAUGAAGGCAUUCGACUACUUUGGCAGCGCGGCUUCUUUGGCAAGGGUAACCUUUCACGAUCCGAGCCCACAUGGCGCCAGCGCAAGGUUAACGAGAUCGAUGCGCUGCGCAAGGGCCGCAUGACUGCAGAACAGCUAACACAACAAAGGAGAGAAGAACGAAAGGCGCUCAAGAUUGAACGAGCUCGAGCAGCCGUGCGUGCGGGACAGCAGCUUCCUGAUGGGAUCUUGGCGUUAGGAGGCGAGAUCACCGACGCAGAUCGAGCUCCAGGAGCAUCGCACGACCGAUUGAUGGCCGACAUUGAACGACAGGUGGAAGAGCAGCUCGAUGGAGAAGAUGCUGCCGAAGAAGACAAGAAGAACGCUCAAGAACUUUGGACAGGGCAAGAAGAGGUGCCGGAUAUUGUUCCCGGCGUGGCGCGAAUCAAGGGUCUCAAGUACUUUGCCGAAGAGGUCAAAGCAAAUCAAGCACGGAAAGCAAUGCAAUCGACUAACGGAGAUGACUCAGGGACUGCGGCAGCGCAAGACAACGUUGAAGACGAUAAUGGAACAGGAGACAUUGACGUGGUCGAUUUUGAGCGAAUGCAACUGUCGCUGGUCGAAGCCUUUUUCCUCUCCUCGAUGUUUGGCUGUCUCGAUAUACACACUGGCGAAGGUAGCGUCGAUGCACAGCCGCUCGAGCUAGACGACUUUUACAAGGAAUGUCUGCUGUCGCGCUUACCACAAACGCUGUUAGAUCUGCGCGAACGCGGACUGGCCGAUCGAUACCUUACCAAGCUGUACGCGCGACCAGACAAUCCGUUCCUGAUCGACUAUGUCGCCUAUCAUCACUUUCGCUCGCUCGGUUGGACGGUGAAAACCGGCGUGAAAUUCUGCGUCGAUAUGCUGCUGUAUAAGCGAGGGCCUGUGUUCUCGCAUGCCGAGUUUGCCGUAGUUGUCAUCCCAUCAUACGAAGACGCCCAAGAUCAAGAGUCGAGUCCAUUUGCGUUGCAUCCCAAUGCAGGUCGCAAGGACUGGACGUGGUUUAGCACGAUCAACCGCGUACAGAGCCAAGUGCUGAAGACGCUCAUCCUUGCGCACGUGUUUGUGCCUUCGUCGAAGAGAUGUCGGCCCGAGACGCUGGCGACGCCAGAGGCGUUCUUUACUUCGUUGCGUGAGGGCAAGAGUUAUGCGGUCAAGGAGGUGGCGAUCCGGCGAUGGGUGCCUGCACGAAUGAAACCGUAG